AUGAUCUCGUUUGUGGUUCUUCUCUUAAUAUGUGUCAAAUUUGGUGACUUUGUUUUUCUGCCUGAAAAAGUAUCAGCUGCAGAACCUGUUAAUAUAAAAUUUACAAAACUAUUAGAUGUCAAGGUAGAAGGUAGGGCUAACUCGUGGAAAAAUGACUUGGGAAGAUUUCUUUAUCCGCAAAAUGAGGACGUUGAUCUAGGUACCAAAGAAGAGUACGUACAGGUUCCCAUGAAGUUUUCAUUUGCAAUCGAUAGAGUGAAUGGUUUUCAGGAAUAUGAAAACACUUUAAAAAAUGUAUUUGACCAGUGCAAGUACCUAGUUGGUAAAAGUCAAAUAUCGUUUUGUCGCUUAAAUCCAGUAAGAACAUUGUCCGAAACUGGAAAUACUUAUCCAAGAAGUUGCAGAGAAAUUUUAGAAAGCGGUAACAACAAGUCAGGUGUAUACAUAAUCAAACCUAGAACAAGUAACAAGCCAUUUGCUGUUUUAUGCGAUAUGGAAACUAAGGGGGCGGAUGGACUCAUAUUCAGAAGAGGUUUGAUGGAUCUCAAGAUUUUUAUCUACCUUGGAGAGACUACAAAUUCGGUUUUGGGGAUCUUAUGGCUGAAUUUUGGAUUGGAUUGGAAAAUAUUUACCAUAUGACAGCUUUUGAAAUAAACGAACUUCUUGUAGAAGUAACUGAUACAGAUAAAAAGAACAGUUACGCCCAAUAUACGUCAUUCUCGAUAGGCAACGAAAAAGAUGGCUAUAUACUGAAUAACCUUAAAGGAUUUUCAGGUGACGCGGGGGAUUCUUUAUCACCUCAUCUCAAUGCAAAAUUUACUACUCUGGAUGUGGAUCAGGAUAAAAAUUCUGGAAAUUGUGCACAAAUGUAUGAGGGUGCUUGGUGGUACGCAGAUUGUCAUCAUAGCAAUCUAAAUGGAAAAUUUAUGACUCUAGUGCUUCCUGCUGCAUAUGGAGCUCAUGGACUGAACUGGCACUCUUUGAAAAAAGGGUAUGAUAAUUUGGCAGGGUCAAGAAUGAUGAUACGACCAAUUGGAUAA